UAACAUGAAGUUAAUUGUAAUUGUUAUUUUUAUUGGUGUAACGGUGAAGUGUAAAGCUUUUAGUUUGGACUACUAUGAUGCCGGUCCCGACUUCGAUAGGCCGUUGGAUAAUGAUUCUGAAGAAGAUUCAAAUCAGGAAUGCUACGGGAACAAGUUACAUGCGUGUGCGCUGGAUAUUGUGAAGUCCAAUACUCGUGCUUUGAGGUAUAAUAUUUGCAUAAUGAAGUAUUCCCACAGCAAUCAAGGUUCUGAUGAUAACUCUGCUGACAAGUGUGGCAAAGCUCUGUAUAUCGACUCAGCACCAAUAAGGGAAUGCGCUAAGGGUAAAAGAGGCACUGAGCUUCUAAAAUACUACGGCGAAGAAAUCAUAAAGGCAAAUUUAAAGCACGUUUCACACAUUCAAAUAAAUGGUGUCAAAAAUGACGGAAAACACUUUAUGCGAAAUGUUUGCGCAGCAUUUGCUGAGCCCCCUACAGAAUGUCAGGAUAUUUUGUAACUCGAGCACAUUUGACAUUAUUAUAUAGUUCCCAUAUGAACUCGGAUAUUAGCUAUAUACAUGUCGAAGGUAGAGGAAAUGAGCUGGUGUGUGAAAAAAUAAAUAUAAUUAAAAAAGGC